GGCGCGCGGCGUCUGAGGCGGGCGGCUCGCCGUCUUCCGCGUCCCGGCUGGCGGCGGUCGCUCUGGGAGAGCAGACGGGACCCCCCGGCCCUUAUUCAGGAUGCUGUGUUCGCUGCUCCUUUGUGGAUGUCUGUUGCUGAUAACUGGUUAUGCUCAUGAUGAUGACUGGAUUGAUCCCACAGAUAUGCUUAAUUAUGAUGCUGCUUCAGGAACAAUGAGGAAAUCUCAGGUGAAAUAUGGCACAUCAGAGAAAAAGGAAGUAAGCCCCGACUUGUCAAACGCUGAGGAAUUGUCAGACUGUUUGAACAGACUUGAUUCUUUAACCCACAAGGUUGAUGAAUGUGAAAAGAAGAAAUUGAAAGACUAUGAAAGUCAAAGUAAUCCUGUUUUUAGAAGAUACCUAAAUAAGAUUUUAAUUGAAGCCACCAAGCUUGGACUUCCUGAUGAAAACAAAAUUGAUAUGCAUUAUGAUGCUGAGAUUCUCCUUACAAGACAGACACUAUUGGAGAUACAGAAGUUCCUCAGUGGAGAGGAGUGGAAACCAGGAGCCUUGGAUGACGCACUAAGUGAUAUUUUAAUCAAUUUUAAGUGUCAUGAUUCAGAAGCAUGGAAGUGGCGAUUUGAAGACUCCUUUGGAAUAGAUCCAUAUAGUGUGUUUAUGGUACUCUUGUGUCUGCUCUGCAUUGUGGUACUGGUGGCGACAGAGCUGUGGACCUAUGUUCGCUGGUACACGCAGUUGAAACGUGUUUUUAUCAUCAGUUUUCUUGUCAGUUUGGGAUGGAAUUGGAUGUAUCUGUAUAAGGUAGCUUUUGCUCAGCAUCAGGCUAAUGUUGCCAGGAUGGAGCCACUAAACACUGUAUGUGUUGAGAAGAUGGAUUGGACUGGAAGUCUCUGGGAAUGGUUUAGAAGUUCAUGGACCUAUAAGGAUGACCCAUGCCAAAAGUACUAUGAGCUCUUAUUAAUCAACCCUAUUUGGUUGGUUCCACCAACAAAGGCUCUGGCAGUUACAUUCACUAACUUUGUAACGGAACCAUUAAAGCACAUUGGAAAAGGAACUGGUGAAUUCAUUAAAGCACUCAUGAAGGAGAUUCCAGUGCUACUUCAGAUUCCGGUGCUUGUGAUUAUAGCAUUGGCUGUCCUGAGCUUCUGCUAUGGUGCUGGAAAGUCAGUUCCUAUGCUGAGACACAUAAGUGGUCCUGAAAGAGAACCACCCCGAGCACUUGAGCCAGAUGACAGAAGACGGCAGAAAGAACUUGACUAUAGACUCCAUGGUGGAGCAGGUGAUGCAGAUUUCUCUUAUAGGGGCCAAGCUGGCUCCAUCAAGCAAGGCCCUUAUGAGAAAAUGCAUGUGUGUAAAAGAGAUGUUUUGAGACAGAAAGACAGUGACAUGAGAUUUCACAGUGGCAACAAGAGCCCUGAAGUGCUCCGGGCAUUUGACUUACCUGACACAGAGGCACAAGAGCAUCCAGAAGUUAUACCCAGCCAUAAAUCAUCCAUUGUGAAUACAAACCUCAAAGAGCUUGAUGAACUCCUAGAAGAAAGCACCCCAACAGAACACAGCCAGUCUGCCAAGGCCGUCUCUGGCCAAGUUCCAGCAACUGUGGAAGACUCACCCAUAGUGGAGAAGGCCCAGCUGAAGACAGACUCCACGUGCAGCCCACAAGGAGCCAGUACACAUGGCAUAGGAGCUGCAGCAUGUGGGACUGACCCUGUCAGCAGCCCGUGUGGCUAGGGGACAAGGCAAGACCGUGGCUCUGAAGUCAUCUGUAAAGUAUUGACUCUUCAUUCUUCUCUACAAAUACGCUGAAAUUUACUACAGAGCUGCCACGUUUAUACACCUUCAGAAUGUCUCUUAGUUGUUAAGAUGUAUCUCAUAAUUUUAGAACAGGGUUUUGUAAGAUUUACAUGUUUAAGGCAGAUAAUUAAGGCAACUGAGUAACAGUGAUGAAGUAAUUUUGUUAACAGGCACUUAGAGGAACUAAUCAAAGUGUGUGUUGCAGAUGGAAAGUCCUCUGAAACCUGGUUUAGUAACAGAAUAAUAGGUUGGUUUUGAUAUAGUUGAGUGUUUCCACUGCCAAGUGUGUGAAAUGUAGGCUGCUGUCUGCUGAGCCCCAGAGCACACACCACUGUUCAAUCCCUCUGUUUCUAGGUAGGCCACCUGCAGAACAAAGUGACUGCUUAGCAAGCCUGAUUCCUUGUCACACACACGUUACAUUAGGCCUCAUUAAGACUAGCCUGAGGAUGGCCAGGUACUAUCAAUAUUUUAGUUUCACGUUUUGUCAGUGACUAUGAGAAUGGCUUUAUUGUCCACCACGAGGUGCCAGGUUUAUAAAGACCCAGUCUUCAUGUUUUAGAACGUAGCAGUUGAUUUGAUGUUUUGGCAAACCAUAUUGUUUUAUGCUAUAUGUAGUUCUGGUUUUCAGAGAGCUAUAGUGAACAAGAUCUAUCAAUGGUAGAUAAAUUAUCAGUCAACAUUUUUUUUUAAAUCAAAUUGUUUUGUGAUUUUUAACAUGCAUUCUCCAUUUUAUUACCUUUAAAAAAGCAAUUUAAGCCGGGCAUGGUAGUGCAUAUGUGUAAUCCCAGCACUCAGGGAAGCAGAGGCAGGUGGAUCUCUGUGAGUUCGAUGCCAGCCUGGUGUACAAAGUGAGUCCAGGAUAUCCAAGGCUACAUAGAGAAACCCUGUCUCAAAAAAAAAAAAUUUUUUUUUUUUUUUUAAUAUAUUUUGUACAAUCCCUAGUUUUAGUUGUCUUUCUAUGCACUCAGGUGCCCUUUGUUGUUGUAACCAUAUCCAGAGUGCACAUUUUAUUUAGCUGUUUUCCAAACAAUGGUAACACUCAAGAAUUAAGUCUUGAAAUUAUCAGGCAGGAGGCUGGAGAGAUGGUUCAGCGGUUAAUAGCAUUGUCUGCUCUUUCAGAGGUCCUGAGUUCAAUUCCCAGCAACCACGUGGUGGCUCACAACCAUCUAUACUGGGAUCUGAUGCCCUCUUCUGGCAUGCAUGUGACCUGCAGAUAGAGCACUGAUAAUGUAAGAUAAAUUAAAAAAAAAAAAAUUAGCAGCAGGUUGUUUUAGCAAGGACAUUCAGAAAAGUUUACUUGAUUUCUUUACACAAAUGUGUAAUGUUCCCCUUUUUUUCUACUUGGGUAUCUGAAAAACUAAUUUUAUAUGUCAAUAUUACUUUAUCAUUGUAAAUAUCUUUAGUAUUUCAUCAGAAAGGUAACGAUCUCAAAAAGGUAAACAUUUCUCCAAUAAACAGAAUUUUGCAUUAAGACAGUAUUCUAGCAGACAUCUAACACAUGGAUGAAGGGAUGCAUGCAGUUUGCUAAGGUGCUGAACAUCUGUGCAUAAAAGCAGUUAUCUCUGGGGACACCCAUCACCCUAACUGGUACAUGCACUCCCAAGGUGGGAGCUGUCCUUUGAGCUCUGGGUAAUUCUGAAGAGAAAUAAAGGCCUCCUAUAACAGAUGUACCUGAGAGGAAGGGUAGUGUUGUUGGCACUACUGAUUGCUUUUAAUCCAAAAACGAACUCCUUUAGAAACAUUUAUAAUCUCAUUUUUGUAUUUUUUCAUUACAGAUACCCAUUUGGGGAUGGAAUCUACUUUGACAGCUAGCAAAGCAACGUGCUGUUCUUGAGUGAUUACAGCAAUUCAGGGAAGACUUGAUUAAAACAAGGUGAACCUAUCAAGGCCAGUUUAUUGCAGAAAAGAGAGAAGGCUUGUUUCAAGUUACUAACUAGCAAGUAUUUGUCACUGAGGUUAAAGCAUAUUGUAACUGGCUUUUAAGAAAAUAAGAACAGGGUAGAUAGCUGUUAAAAGCACUUUUUAAAAUGGAAUAGAUGUUGAACACUUACAGGGUAUUAAGAACCACUGUAAAUACAAAAUAAACACUUAUUUUUACAUUAC